GACAUUUGGACGACGAACUGAAGGAGUCGCCGAUAUUAUGCUUCUCGCGUCUCAAUCGCUAAUCAUCAUCGCCGCCAAUGCAGCAAUCAAUUGCUCCACGAAUUCUUCUUCUUCCUUGACAGAAACUUCUCCUGCCAAAUGAGCCUGAAAACCAUUGCGAGCCCGAACAGGAGCAGUAGUCCACCGGUAGAUGGCAUGGCCUCCUCUUCCUCUUCCCUGACGGCUCCAUUGCUCCUACCUGACCAACAAGACAGCCAGGAAGAUGCGGCUGCGUCGUCAGGCGCGUCGCCGGCCGACACGCGGCCCGACGGCGGGAACCAGCAGGAGCAAGGGAUUAUGCGGGGCUGGGCCGAGACGCUGCUGUGGUGCUGCGGCGGCGGCGGCGCGGAGUGCGGGUGCGAGCACGCGCUGCAGCUGUGGCGGAGGGUGGUGCUGCGCAAGUGGCUCAACGUCGGCGCCGGGUCCGGGGACUCCGACUUCAGCGCCGACGAGGGCGAGGACGAUUCCGACUCCGAGCACCAAGAGAACUGUGGCUGGGAGCGCAAACUGUAUGCUGAAGAAAUGAGAUUGCGUGGACUUGGUGCAGGCACACUCGGUAAUCAAAUGAAGGAUGUACCUCACCGGCUUAGAAGGCACAAAUCAGAGACACUUCGUGCUCAGUAUAUUAAUGUCAGAGAACUCAGGAUUUUCGUAGGGACAUGGAAUGUUGGAGGCCGAGUUCCACCCAGUGACCUUGACAUUCAUGAAUGGUUGGCGAUGGAGGAGCCAGCUGAUAUUUAUGUUCUUGGAUUUCAAGAAAUCAUUCCACUAAAUGCUGGGAAUAUAUUCGGUGCUGAAGACAACCAUCCAGUUUCAGUAUGGGAACAUAUCAUUCGUGAAACUUUGAAUAAGAACUGUCCAUAUAAACCGAAGUAUAAAUGUCACAGUGAUCCUCCUUCACCAUCAAAGUUCAAUCCAUCGGAUUAUCUUGAAAUGGAAGAUGAUUUGCUUAAUGAGUCUGAUAAUGAAAAUGAUGGGGAGCUCCAGCCAUUGAUUGAACAAGACAGUAAAGUUACUAAUGAUUGUGGAGUUCGUGAUAAAAUAUAUAAGAACUCCACCUCCGUGUCCUAUGAAAGAGUUCAUAAAGACAAAGACUUCAGCAACAUGUCUUCAAUAAAGACUUUUGGUCAAUCCCAUAACUUAAGUUAUAAAAAGCUUAGAUCUAAUCUGGAAGAGCCAGGCAACCAAAAGAAGAUGCCCCAAACGUUUGGUCAUCCGGAAAGGCUUGGGAUGAUUUGGCCUGAACAGCCAGCGGAUAUGUUGGCUCACCUUCAGGACAGUGUAUCAUUUACUUCAGUGAAGAAUGUAACAGCUUCAAUGCCUUCCAAAUCAACAAACGAUAAUUCAAAUGGUUGCAUGGAAGAUAAUUUAGCCAAUGGUGUUAGUAUCAAUAAUACCGUAGUUAGAAGGAAAAUGCCAUAUUUUUACCGGAUAAUAAGCAAGCAAAUGGUGGGAAUAUUUCUUUCGGUAUGGGUUCGGAGAGGCCUUCGGAAGCACAUUCAGAAUUUGAGAGUAUCAACUGUAGGUGUAGGCGCGAUGGGUUAUAUUGGUAACAAGGGAUCAAUAUCAGUCAGUAUGUCUGUAUAUCAGACACCCUAUUGCUUUGUAUGUUGCCACCUGACAUCUGGUGAAAAGGAUGGACAUCUAACAAAAAGAAAUGCAGAUGUUGAAGAUAUCAUACGGAGAACGGUAUUUAACCCAGUUCAUCGAGUUGGCAUGCCUGAGGGAAUACAUGACCAUGAAAGGAUUAUAUGGUUUGGGGAUCUCAACUAUCGAGUCAACCUGUCAUAUGAGAGGACACAUGAACUUAUCUCCAAACACAAUUGGGAUAGAUUGCUUGACAAGGAUCAGCUAAAACAGGAACUAAUGAAAGGGCAUACAUUUGAUGGCUGGAUCGAAGGGGAAAUCAACUUCCCCCCAACGUAUAAAUACGAAUUCAACUCACAAAAGUAUGCAAGCGAUGAGCCAAAAUCUGCGAGGAGAACACCUGCAUGGUGUGAUCGUAUUCUUUCAUUUGGAAAGGGUAUCAGGCUAGAUUCUUACAAGAGGGCAGAGCUUGAUCUUUCCGAUCACCGUCCGGUGUCCGCAGUCUACAUGGCUGAAGUUGAAGUUAUCUGCCACAGGAAGUUGCAGAGAGCUCUAACAUCGACUGAUGCGGAGGCUGAGGAUAAUGUGCUGUUGGAGGAAGGAUGCACUUGCUGAAUAAAGGACAUUGGACUGUGAUACAUAGAGUUCGGAGUUCAUACCCUAGAGUGAACUGGUGCAACUGCUGAAGGGCAGUGUCAGUGCCGCUGUGUGGGACAAGAUACCAAAAUGUACAGAAGCAAAGUAGGGAUAGCAGAGUAUGCAGCCUGUGAUGGCGUGAUGUAUAUAAACUAGGCAUGGGUGUAGGGGUUGUUAUUUAACUUAUUUUUCAAGGCAUGGUGCUUCAUUUCAAGGCAACCGAUUGAUUGGCAUGAGUUGAGAAGAUGCAACAAACAGCUUGUCCAGUAAUAAAAGAUAAAAGCUAAA